CUGACACACGGUUCCCAGGGCAUGACGACUCUCAUCAGCAAGGGAAACAGCAAAGCUCUGAAGGUGAAAAGAGAGCCUGGAGAAAAUGGCACGAGUCUCACCGAUGAUGAACUGGUCACCAUGUCUGUGCGGGAGCUGAACCAACAUCUGCGCGGCCUGUCCAAAGAGGAAAUCAUCCAGCUGAAGCAGCGGCGGCGCACGCUGAAGAACAGAGGCUAUGCCGCCAGCUGCCGAGUGAAACGCGUCACCCAGAAGGAGGAACUGGAGAAGCAGAAGGCGGAGCUGCAGCAGGAGGUGGAGAAGCUGGCCUCGGAGAACGCCAGCAUGCGCAUAGAACUGGACUCCCUUCGCUCAAAGUACGAAGCUCUGCAGAACUUUGCCAGGACUGUCGCACGCAGCCCCAUAACUCCUACGAGAGGACCAAUAACGCCUGUAGUCAGGCCCUUCAUCCCCGGAAAAGUGGCCGCCACAAGCGUCAUUACCAUAGUCAAAUCCAAGGCAGAGGCGCGAUCUUAGGGGUGUGAGGAACCUGGAUCCCCUGCUCCUUCUCCUUCACCGUUUCUUCCCACAGGACAUGUUCCCAAAGAUUACCAUAACCAG